CGACGGCCUUGACGCCUAUUCAGAAACAUGGAUGGCCAUGGGCUGAAAGCAUGCCAAUCUUUGUCCCCUCUCCUUCUCACCGAUCUCACUAGUUGUAGUACAAUCCCUUCCCCCGUCUUUUAUUACCCCAGGUUGCGCCGCCCGCAACAUACCCCGGAUUCCCACAUUUCUGGCAUUCGCAUAUGCUGGUGCAAGACUUGGCCGCUACAACCACCGUGGAGACCCGACUCUGACACCUUUCAUGACGCUGAACCAGGCAAGCUCUUUAUUUGACAGGUUCAGAAUAAGAACAUCCGAGUGCGCUUUUAUAAAGGGAAGCGCCGUGCGAGCGAGAGUGAACGAGCUUGCGCCAUGAUAGAUCAUGUACUUGGGCGGCCGUCAGUGCAAUUUCGAAAGAUCCAAGUGCUAGCAGUAGUAUCUUUCUGGUCCUUUUAUCUUUACAGAGGCGACCGCCAUGGCCCACCAAUUGUCCGCCGCAUUUCCGCCCUUCUUUCCAGGAAACUGACUGUGUGGCAAUCAGUCCUCGUAACGCUCCUCUACCUCUACGUUGCCCGCAACUUUGGCAAGCUCGUCGGCCUCGAGUGCCCCGAGCCGCUCGCAAGUCUCUACUCGCGCUCCUACUUCCGCGCAACAUGGGUUACAACGGCGCUGGAUGCAGGCUUCUGGUCUGCCAUGCGCAUCAAGCGAAAGGGCCUGAGAGAUUUCCUGUCGAUUGUGUUUAGCAUAUAUUAUAUGAUAUGCGCAGAGCAGGCCGACGAGAAGGUGAGAAAGAUCAGGGCUACUCUCACCGUCGAUCACCUCCGUGUCGCGUGGAACAAAGGAACGACGCCGUAUCUUGGCGCCUUGACCAGUUUGAUGCGCCCAAGGUUGAUGGUGUACCCGCCACGCAAAAUCAGGAUACCACGACCAAGAGCCAGUUCGUAUAAAGAGCCUGUGACUGCGUGGUUAUAUUUCAACGGCCCACGGAGCGCGCUUAAGAAGCACGAUAAGAUUGUGCUGGAUAUACCUGGUGGGGGCUUCGUUGCUAUGGAUCCAAGAAACCACGAUGAUAAGCUCAUGGGAUGGGCUGGUAAGACUGGUCUGCCUGUGCUGAGUCUGGACUACAAAAAGGCACCUGAACACCCGUAUCCAUAUGCGCUGAACGAGUGCUAUGAUGUCUACCAUAUGAUCAUGGCUUCGAGGGGGACAUGUAUGGGCCUAUCGGGAGAAGUCGAACCCAAAGUUGUCGUUUGUGGUGAUUCGGCAGGCGGUAACUUGGCUGUGGGUAUGGUGCUCAUGGUUCUCCAAAGUGGUUCAACAGAAACGCGAAGAUGGCAGGGCGAACGCGCAUUGCCACCACCUGUCGGCGUAGUGCUGGUCUAUCCAGCGCUGGAUAUGAACAUUGGAAACUGGAUGUCAGACGAGCAGAUGGCCCUUAUCCGCGACCGAAGGGUGAGGAAGACGAAUCGUCCUAUUCUUCGACAUAAGAGCGACGACUACCGACACCUUGCGCCGAAUACUCCUUAUGGAUCUGAUACAGACAGCGAUGAUGAUACCAAGAAACCAAGCAUAACCAAUGGUGCAAAUGCAACUUCCACUCGCACCCUCAAAUCUGCCCAGACGAUGAUCAGGCUCUCUGCUGCCCAUACUGGCAUAGACAACCACUCCGUUCCUCGCCUCGAUACAAGCAAUACCACUGCCAACGGUAACACUGCCGCCGGUCAGGUAGCAUCAGCAAGCACCAACAGUAUGCCACCUACGCCAUUAGCGACUCAGCCACCUACUCCAGGCGCAUCAUUGCCAGCACCUCCUACAACCACCAUUAAAACUCGCCUUGCAACAUCGAGUAUGAUUUCGUACUUCAACGACCGCAUUCUGACGCCGGAAAUGAUGCGGGCUAUGAUCAUCCUGUAUAUAGGCCCGCACCAUCGUCCAGACUUUAGCACCGACUUUCUUCUUUCACCGCUGCUUGCACCAGAGUCUCUCCUAGCAAAAUUCCCAAAGUGUUGGAUGCUGACUGGUGAGCGUGACCCGCUUGUCGACGACACCGUCAUCUUCGCUGGACGUCUACGACAGGCCAAGCGCGCAGAAUGGGUAGCAGCAAAAGACCUCGGUCUCGACUGGGCUCGCGGCGAGUUUGACGAAGAGAACUGGGUAAACGUCGAUCUCAUCCCGGGUAUCAGCCAUGGCUUCUUGCAAUUCGUAGGCGUGUUCCCCGAGGGCUGGAAGUACAUUCAUCGCUGUGGCAAAUGGAUUACCGAGGCUUUUAACGCCGAUGCCGAAAAAGGCGAGCUAGAAACGCCCAUGUACACGCCGCUUGCUUCAGUCAGACGGCCGGGCGAUACAGGAGGCGAUUAUUUCAGUACGGUGGGACUGGCGGAUGCGAUUGAUGGGCUUACAUCGCCACAGCGUGGGCGACACCAUCGCCGGACGGGGACUGCGAGCUCGAUUGAUGAGGAUAGACCGCUGGAAAUGACGGUGCUGAAUAAGGGGAAGAGAAGUCCGCAGAACAAUCAGUCUGUAAAAGAACGAGAUUUGAAUGUAAGGGGUAGGGGUAGAGUAAGGAAGAGUGAGCGUGGUAGAAGAAAGAGUUUGGUUAGUUUGGCUUCAGAGGAUGAUUUGCUGGGGAGGAGAAUGAAGGGGUUGACGGGAGGUUUGGGGGGUGGUGGUGGUGUUGUUUGAGGAUGAGAAGAUCUGAGGUGAUCAUGGUUGUGUUUGUUGGGUAUUUAGCGUGCAUGAAUAUACAUCGACUUUUUGAUGAAUGAAAUAGAUAGUCUGCUGAUAUGGUUU